AUGGAAACAAAGAGAAUAUAAAAUAUUAAUUAAUCACUUCAAUCAAUAAAUUAAUUUUUUGCUUUAUAAAAUCAUGAAUAUGUUUCAAUAAUAAAUAAUGAUUUAUAGUAAGUCUCUCAUCUAAAUUAUUCAUAUUUAAACCUAACUGAAUGUUUACAAUCAACCUCUGAUUCUUACGAACUAUUUUCGGUAUGCAAAAACGAAAAAGUUUUCUAUUGGUUAACCUUCAAUCUGGAACCUUUUAGAAAUAUAGUAAAACUUCAAGUUCUUUAAAUCCUUGGGAAAAUUUCCAAUAUUACCAAAAUAAGCAGUAUCUUAGACCAAAAAUUUAUACUAGCUUCCUUAAAGGGCAAUAUUCAAUAAUUGUAUUGGUUUAAUUAAACUUAUGAUAUAUUGUAAUACAUAGGUUUUGAAGAAAAGAAAUAAAUGUAUUGUCAAGAUUUUUCUAUAACUUAAUUACCCUAAACCAAUGAAGAAAAUAAAAAAAAGUUAAUAUUAAUCAUCAAUUUGCAAGGAAAUCUGGUUAAUUUUUUUGAUAUGUAAAUUCAAAACAACACCCAAAAAAUAUAAAUACUUGAAUAAUUUGGCUGUUCAUCAGUAAUUAAGUAAAUUUUAAUUUUGGAGAUAGUUAAGGCUGAUUUAUUCAUCUUAUUUACUGAUACCACUAGCUUUAGCUAUAUAGUAUAAAUUUAAUUAUAAUACAGAUAUAACGAAUUAGUAAUAUCGAAUGGAGUGGUUCUUAUUAGUUCUAUACCAACCUACAGUAAUUUACCGACUAUGAAUAAUUCGAUUUACUAAAACGGUAUUUUGAUGAUUCAAUUUUAAUAAAAUAAUGGUUAUAUUGUUGGUUGUUAUUAUUUAGAUAAUCUAAGAGAACAUAACUUAAGUUUACCUUAUGUUAUGUAAGGUUCAUUUUAUACUUCCUCAAAUCAAUAUGCAAUGAUUAUGAACCAAUAUUAUUUAGAAAUGGAAGAGAGAAAAAGAAAAAUUAGAAAAUUUAAGUAAUGCUUAACUGAAAAUAUUGAAAAAUUAAAAGAAUUAGAUUAUAUCAGUCAACAAAUAUAACAUUUUGAGUAUUACGUCAAUUCUAUUUUAAAGAAUAUUAAACACAUAAAAGUAAUCUAUAUAUUCCAUUUAUAAGAGUGAAAUCUCAGAAUAAAUUAUGUUAUAAUAGAUAAAUUAAAAAACUAAUAUUCAUCAAAUAAAAGAGUAAAUUAAAUAGAUGUCUGAUGAUAUUUCAUUGA